AUGGCUGAGCAGGUUUCCGCAAAAUCUACUACCUACAAUCCAUCGAGGGCUCUCACAGAUUUACCUGCAGCUCUUGAGUGGGUUCUGGACAAUGGCACUCGGCAUCGUCUAAUCCACUCCGCAGCCCGUCCUCUGAAAUUUUCUGCCAUUCCCGAUACAUCGGGGAAGACGAGUCUGUUCGAACUUCGAUUUACGAUUGAGUUGCGACAAGGCGAAGUUUCCCGGGCCAGGACGCCUAUUUAUCUAUGGAUUCAGCUGGACCGGAUCCGUUCUGCUACACUUGCCUCGGACAACAUAUCAGACCAAAUCCAAAACAUCCUAGGCAACAGUCCAAAGCGCUUGCACCUUAUGCUAGCUAGGCCUGCUGAUCUGGUGGGGCCGCCAUUCGUUCCUCGUGCUGCUAAGAAUGCUGAAGGUGCCAUUCUUGAUUCGAUUUUGUUGCUUCCAGGUAGUCUCAGCUUGACUCUCUACCUGCAGUCUAGCAGUGUGCUAGUACAACUCUGUCGAACCAUCUCCAGCCAGAAGAUUCAACUGCUAAACACAACUAUGCGACUUGGUGCGCUGUAUUGUGGGAAUGGUGGCCGGGUUAUAACUGGUUUACCAUCCGCUCAUCCGAGCCCUCCAUCUUACGAUAAACUCAAAGAUCCAUCUCCACCCCUACUGAAUAAAGCUUCAUCUUCACAUUCCAACAAGCGGCGACGUGUGAGCUCUCCUGGAAGCACCGAGACGAUGCGCCUUGAGACUGCUCGGCAGAUGAUCAUUGAACAACAAAAGAGCUUUGCAGACACCCUACAUCAAGAACUUGCGAAAGCGGAAGCUCGAAUAUUGGAGCGUGUCAAUACAUUGUUCAGGGAUCAGUCUGAAAAGUGCGAUGAAUUGACAGCCGAGGUAGAUAGGUUGGAUGACCAGAUUAGGUGGGCAUCAGAGGAGCUUGAUUGUCAAUUAGAUGACAGAAUGGUGGCUGUGAAAUGUGAGCUUGAGUCUUGGGUUAAAGACGAAAUUGGAGAUGCAGCUGAUAUUAUCAAGCAAGAGAUCACUCAAGCCAGCAUUAGCAUUGAGUUCAAUGAAUAA